AGGUGGCGCUCUGCUCAGCGGAAGCCGCCCCUCGGUUUCCGGCGUGUGUGCUGCGGGCGCCCGGUGCCGGCGGAGCGCGCGAGGAUGGUCAGGAUGAGCAAAGACAGCAAAUGGCGGCUGCAACAAGUGUUCCGCUGCACACAGUUCGCCAUCCGCUGGGGCUUCAUCCCGACGGUGCUUUACCUGGGUUUUAGAAGAGGUGGGGAUCCAGGCAUGCCAGAACCCAAUCUUCUAAGUUUGCUGUGGGGAUGAAAACAGAAAAGUUAUCAUUUCAACUGGAAGAACCAUUUGAGUGGAAUAUUGGAAAGAACAGAUCAUUGCUGAGGAUGGAUUCCCUGCAUUAUAGAUCUACAACAAAAGGGUUUUCCGGAGGAAGCUUGCAUACAAUAUUUCAAUCCUGUAAAAUAAAACUGUAUGUGGCUCUAUGUACAAUUAGAACUUUAGAAAAAAAGAAAGAAAACAAAGAAGAACCUAACCAUGGCUAUCAGGUGCCUUAGUUUAAAAACUAAGCACUUCUUUAAAAUGAGAUGCUUAUGUGGAAUAUAUUUGAAUGCAUCGAAUGUUAUAUAAAAAGACAACAGUUGUAAUUAUUGAAAUCUUCAAUGUAUUGUGCAAGCUUUAUUUAAAACUCUUCCAUUCAAGUUCAAGAUGAAUAGGGUAAAUUUGACAGGUUUUGACUGUUGUAAAGAAGAUAUGAAUUAGAAAUCCAUCAAUUCAAAUAGUAUGUUCAAGAAGGAACUGCAGAUGCUGGAAGAUCGAAGGUACACAAAAUUGCUGGAGAAACUCAGCGGGUGCAGCAGCAAAUAGUAUGUUCUAUGUGAUUUAUUUGCUUAUAUGCAGCUGAUUAAAGAAAAGACUGUUGUACUCUGAUUAAAUGUGAUCUGUACCUUUCCUAAUAUAUAAUAUUUUACACUCAAUUGUGAAUCUUAGUUUUUGUCCGGUAUCGUCUAUUUUUUUUAUUACUUUCUGGAGGAGCAGGAAUUAGAUGUACGGUUAAGAAAGUCACACUUGCUAUUUAAUUUAAAAUCAAGCUACUUUUUCGUUUUUAUUAACUUUGACAUGUUAUUUGAACAUUGUUGAAUCAUUUAAAUGCUUCUGUUUAUUUUCAUGAGGAUUAAUAUUUACUGUAUGUAUAAAACUUUAAUUGGCACACAAAAAUCUAUAUCACUAAUAAAACAUACUUUCAUAGCUCGCAAAAA